AUGCCGCCGCCUCUUGAUAAAACACAGGCAGGACACUUGUCAGGUUCAAAAGCUUGUUUUGAUUAUAAGGCCUGAAGGCAGGUGGCUUGUAUUAGCUGAGAGUAUGAGCCGGACGGAGAUUUGGACAACAUGGCCACAACUGCAGAUGGCUGCAUUCAAUUCACACGCCACGCAGGUGACGUCCUGCUCAACUUCAACCGCCUCCGCAGCAGGAACAUCCUGACUGAUGUCACCAUACAGGUGGACGGACUGCAUUUUUAUGCUCACAAGGCCAUCUUGGUGGCCUGCAGCGGCUUCUUUUAUUCUGUGUUCAUGAACCCUGAGAACUCAAACCUUAGUGCCAUCAGCUUAGACCCCAAAGUGGACCCCAAGGGUUUUUCCAUUCUGCUGGACUUUAUGUACACAUCCUGUCUGAACCUUAAGGACAGUCUGGUCCUGGCCACCAUGAACACAGCCAUCUACCUGCAGAUGGAACAUGUGGCCGACACUUGCCAUAGAUUUAUCAAGUCCAGGCAUCAGUCUGUUAAUGUUGAAGAGGUACAGAUCAACUCGUUGCAUCUGGCUGAGGAGAUCCCUGCUUUGAAGCUUGUCGAUAAAAAAGAGCCAGACUUUCAAAACAACCACACAUCGACCUCACCCCCUCUCCAGGAUUGCAAGGGCUACAUCCCCAAUGUUUUCAGGGGGAUCAACACCUCUGGCUCCUAUCACGUCUAUGGAGACCUCCAUGCCCCUACCGGGAAGCUGGAAGCCUCCUAUGUGGUCAGCGACCUUCCCAAAGGUGGCGCUUUGUCCCAGAAAAGAUGCUCACAGGUACCCAGCACCAACAUGGCUCACAAUGAGUCCACCACCAUCAUCUCCCACGCUGUGCCAUCCCACCCCAGUUUCCCCACCACUAUCAUCCGACCAGCAGGAGCCCGCGGGAGCCUUCAAAGGCCCGAUACUCCAAUGGAAGAAGACAGCAUUCAGCAUCCACAAACCAGCUGUCUAAGAUUGUCUCCAGGUUUUAUCAAAGGUGUGAUUUGUAGCCCUCAGAGCCCCCUCAGAUCUGACUGCCAACCAAACUCGCCCACUGAGUCCAACAGCAGCAGAAAUGCCACACUGAGCCUCAAACAGCUCUCAGACUGUCCCAAAGACGCCAAGGCCCGCAACUGGAAGAAAUACAAGUUGAUCGUUAUGAACCAAGCUCCCGAUGAGAAUGUAAAGGAGGCUCAGGGAGGCAGCGCUAAAGCUUCGGCCAUGUCCCCUACGCCAAGCCCCUGCAGGAGUGGUGCAGCGGGUAGACACUGUGAGGUCCAGGCAGAAGAGGGAGCCAGGGAGCACAGAGAAGAAAUUCUGAUGUCGCAGAAUAACGACAGCUGCAGCAGCAGCACCUGUAGCAGCAUCAGCAACCGCAGAUGCUCCUCCUGUGGCUGCGACAGCCCCCGGUGCAUGGAAAUGGGUCACCUUUCUCCUUUCUCAUACAGCAGAGAUGACAUAACCAAACUACACUCAGAGUACUCCUCCUCCAGCUGUGAAAACAACACCUACUUCUGCAACGGAUGUGACUCCAAGUUCAUAGAGGAAGACUCCCUAAAGGACCACAUGGUCCAGGUCCACAGUGACAAGCCAUACAAGUGCGACUGCUGCCAGGCUGCCUUCCGCUACAAGGGCAACCUGGCCAGCCACAAGACCGUUCACACCGGUGCAAAGCCCUACCGCUGCAACAUCUGUGGUGCCCAGUUCAACCGACCAGCCAACCUCAAGACCCACACCCGCAUCCACUCUGGAGAAAAGCCAUACAAGUGUGAGACAUGCGGCUCCAGAUUUGUCCAGGUGGCCCAUCUUCGUGCCCAUGUGUUAAUUCACACAGGAGAGAAGCCGUACCCUUGUGAGAUCUGUGGAACGCACUUCCGCCACCUUCAGACGCUCAAGAGCCACAUGCGUAUUCAUACCGGAGAGAAGCCUUAUCAUUGUGAAAAAUGUGACCUCCACUUCAGACACAAGAGUCAGCUGAGGCUUCACCUGCGACAGAAGCACGGCGCAGUCACUAACACCAAGGCUCAGUAUCACAGGACGCCCAGCAACAUCAGCACAGGGCUGGUGAGCUCCUGUUGAGCCCGUCUGCGGUCCCGUCUGCGGUCCCGUCUGUCAGUUUUGUUUUCCUUUUGCAUCGGCUGCCAUGUUGUCAAAAAGAUUUUAAUUUUUUACUGAAACAUAAAUACUAUAUAUAUGUAUAUAGAUAUACAUAUAUAUAUUUAUAAUAUAUGCCCUUUAUGCAUUUGUAUAUGAUGCAUAUUACUUAAUGUAAGCUCUGUGGUAUUUCAAAGGUUGUAGAAGUUUAUGCUUUCGUUAUGAAUGAAUGUCUAACAACAGAAUGUAUAUUUUGAAUGUGAAUUUGAGCUGGUAUUUCUCUGUUUUGCAAAUCACUUAACAGAAUGUUAGCAUUGAAGGACAUUCCUCUUUCUCAUUUGGAUCGAGAAUCACUGUUACAGUUUUGCUUUAGGUAUUGGUUUGAAUUUGCCCAGUAAUGUGGUCACACUAUAUGCAGUUAUUUUUCAUUAGGUUGUUUUUUGUAAAUAAGAUAAUAUAUAUUUUUAGAUGGCCAUCUGCUGGCAGAGUACAAAUAUAUUUACGUUAAGUUUGUUUUUCUUACGUGCAGUGAGCCUCACUGACUGUCAGUAACACAAGGGCAAGUUAUUUUGCCAUUUCAAAGUUUGCGGUACGUAUUGUGAUAUGUACAGAUUGUUAUUCAUUUAAUAAUUGCUAUGUACAUAUUUUCUUUUUUGCAAUCAUUUGUAGGGUCUUGUUGGUAUUUUGCACAUACUCAUGCUGUAAUUCAUAUAUUUUCAUACUUUUCACUCAAAUAGAUCUACUUAAAAUGUUGUUGACAUGUUGAAAUUGUUCAUUCGACCUGUAUUCUUAUUUAUAUUCUAACUUUCCUUUGCUCUAUUGUAUUACAAGUUGGUGCUGCAAUGAUCCAUUUUCCCCAGCGGGAUCAUUCAGGAUUGAUCGUAUUGUAUCUCACCUUAUGUAUUAUAGUGCACUCGUAUGAACCAGUAUAUUCAUAGUGCCUUACAUUCACACUCUUCUGUUGGUGAUCUUUGCAGACUAUCAAUACAUUAUAAGUUUGAUAAAACAAAAGCCCGGUAGUUAAAAGCGGUUUUGUGAUGCACAUCACAUUUGGUACGUUGCUCUAUUGUCAUGUGUAUGCAUGUCAGGUACUGUUUGUUUUGGAAGCUGAUAAUCUGUUAUGUGUAGCUCUUAAAAUGCAGAUACACCAGGCCUCAAGCUAAAAAAUGCUCAGGAAUAUUAGUAAUAUGUAAGCAAAAGUCUUUGUAAUUGCAGAUUACAUAUAUAUUACAUGAAAAUAAAAUGUACAUAAUGUA